CAUCACAGAGUUUACAGAGAGAGAGAGAGAGAGAGAGGGAUCAGAAGGUGCGUAAAGCAGAAAACCUGAAUGAACAUUGUCCCGAGAAAAAGGCAAGUGGACAGAGAGUUGAAAAGGAAUAAGAAAUACAAAUAGAGUGGAGAAACGUCCCGGAGGAACAGGAGAGUUUCCCCCCCCCAGCAUUCUCUUGGCUCUACUGACCUCACUUCCUGUCUGUAUCUGUGGGUGACCGUGCCUGACUACCGUUGCCAUGGGUGAAAUGGAACAACUGCGAAAGGAGGCGGAGAGCCUGAAGGAUGAGAUUACUGCGGCUCGUAAAGCAGUGCAGGACCUCACGCUGCAGGAUCAUGUGGCCGGGACAGCUGUUGUGGGACGUGUCCAGCUAAAGACCAGGAAGACAUUGAGAGGACAUCUGUCCAAAAUCUAUGCCGUGCACUGGGGAGACUCAAAACUGUGUGUCAGUGCAUCUCAGGACGGUAAACUGAUUGUAUGGGACAGCUACACCACCAACAAGGUGCAUGCGAUCCCACUGAAGUCCUCGUGGGUGAUGACAUGUGCGUACGCACCUUCAGGAAACAUGGUGGCGUGUGGAGGACUUGACAACAUGUGCUCCAUCUAUAACCUGAAGGGCAAAGACGGCAACGUGAAGGUCAUGCGUGAGCUCGCAGCACACACAGGUUACCUGUCCUGCUGCCGCUUCCUGAAUGACAAUGAGAUCAUCACCAGCUCUGGAGACUGCACCUGUGUUCUGUGGGACAUUGAGACAGGAUCGCAGAAGACCGUGUUUGCGGGACAUCUGGGUGACUGUAUGUCUCUGGGUGUGGCCCCUGACUUCAACACCUUCAUCUCAGGGGCAUGUGACUUCACGGCUAAACUGUGGGACAUCCGUGAUGGCCAGUGCAGACAGACCUUUGGAGGCCAUGAGAGUGACAUUAAUGCCAUAGGGUUUUUCCCCAAUGGCAAUGCAGUGAUCACCGGUUCAGACGAUGCUUCCUGCAAGCUGUACGACCUGCGUUCAGACCAGGAGCUCAUCACGUACCAGGACUCCGGCAUCAUGUGUGGCGUGACCUCCCUCGCUCCCUCCCUCUCUGGAAGACUCAUCCUCGCUGGGUACGACGACUUCAACUGCAACAUCUGGGACUCGCUGAAGGCGGAGAGAGUCGGAGUGUUGUCCGGUCAUGACAACAGAGUGAGCUGUAUUGGCGUGACACCUGAUGGGAUGGCCUGCUGCACAGGAUCAUGGGAUAGCUUUCUGAAGAUCUGGAACUAAGGCUCUUUCUCAAACAGAGGCAAACAUAGAAUAUGUCAAAGACAGGGUAAAAUAUAAAGGGGACAAUUGAAACCGUGGGAUAUAGUUGUAUAAGUAGGGAGGGAAAGCGAUAUGUUUGUUGUGCCGCCACAACCAGAAAGAUUGUGAAUAAGAAAACCUCAUUUAGAGAUGGGCUGACCUGUAGAAUAAUCUUGUCAAAGAAAUCAUGCAAUAGCAGAAAACCUGUUUUUCAGGGACUGCUAACUGCAAACGUGGGCAUUUACAAAGCCAUUUCCUAUUUGGUGAUUCGUGAGGUAAUUUUUGGAUAGGGUCUUUAACACAUGGGUGUCACAGCAUAUCAUUAAUAAUAGCAUAUGAAAUAAGACUUUCAACACUAGUUGGAUUAAGCUUACUGAAAUCUAAAGGCAUCCUGUGCUAUCAUGCUACCUACAUGACAGAGGUUGCCAAAAUAGUUGUGCAAGAUCAAAUAUAAUGACUUAACGGAAUAUUUUCACUUUUAUAAAAUGUGGUUUACAAAUUAUAGAUUAAACAAGUUUUAGUGAGACUGUCUGAUUGAAGCUUCUUUUUAAGUU